CGGACUCAGUUUCCCUGCGGCCCUGGGAUGCUCACAGGCCAUUGGCUGAGCCGAGCAGAUCUGGUCGCGCUCCUCCCCGCCCCCAGUGACACAAUAGCAGCUCCCUCCAAGAUGGCGGCGGCGACGGUGGACCCGGGAGCUGGGAGCCCGCAGGCUGGGGACUCCUCCGUCGUGGACGCCGGGAGCGGGCUACCAUCACCCGUGGAGCAGGAGCUCAGUCUGCGCCUGCAGCGCCUGUACCCCGCGGUCAACCAGCGUGAGACGCCGCUGCCUCGCUCCUGGAGCCCCAAGGACAAGUACAACUAUAUCGGCCUCUCGCAGGGGAACCUCAGGGUCCACUACAAAGGUCAUGGCAAAAAUCACAAAGAUGCAGCCUCAGUGCGUGCCACCCACCCCAUACCUGCUGCCUGUGGUAUUUACUACUUUGAGGUGAAGAUUGUCAGCAAAGGAAGAGAUGGGUACAUGGGAAUAGGACUCUCAGCGCAAGGUGUCAACAUGAACAGACUUCCUGGUUGGGACAAGCAUUCCUAUGGUUACCAUGGCGAUGAUGGGCAUUCCUUCUGCUCCUCGGGAACUGGCCAGCCUUAUGGUCCCACAUUCACCACAGGGGACGUGAUUGGCUGUUGUGUCAACCUCAUCAAUGGCACCUGCUUCUACACCAAGAAUGGCCACAGCCUUGGAAUAGCCUUCACAGAUCUCCCGGCCAACCUCUACCCAACCGUAGGCCUGCAGACACCUGGGGAAAUUGUGGACGCCAACUUUGGGCAGCAGCCCUUCCUGUUCGACAUUGAGGAUUACAUGCGGGAGUGGCGUGCCAAAGUCCAGGGCACUGUCCAUGGCUUUCCCAUCACCACCCAGCUUGGAGAGUGGCAGGCGGUGCUGCAGAACAUGGUCUCAUCUUACCUGGUGCAUCAUGGGUAUUGUGCCACAGCCACUGCUUUUUCCCGAAUGACUGAAACCCCGAUUCAGGAAGAACAGGCGUCCAUAAAGAACAGACAAAAAAUCCAGAAGCUGGUGCUGGAGGGCCGAGUGGGUGAAGCCAUUGAGACAACCCAGCGCUUCUACCCUGGGUUGCUGGAACACAACCCCAAUCUGCUCUUCAUGCUCAAGUGCCGACAGUUUGUGGAGAUGGUGAAUGGCACCGACAGUGAGGUCCGCAGCUUGAGCUCCCAAAGCCCCAAGUCCCAGGACAGCUACCCUGGCUCUCCUAGCCUCAGCCCCCGACAUGGCCCCAGUAGUUCCCACAUGCACAACACAGGAGCAGACAGUCCCAGCUGCAGCAAUGGCGUCGCAUCCACCAAGAGCAAACAGAACCACAGUAAAUACCCCGCACCCAGCUCCUCCUCCUCCUCGUCCUCCUCGUCCUCCUCUUCCCCGUCCUCCGUCAAUUACUCCGAGUCCAACUCAACAGACUCCACCAAGUCCCAGCCCCACAGCAGUACCAGUAACCAGGAGACCAGUGACAGCGAAAUGGAGAUGGAGGCAGAACAUUAUCCCAAUGGUGUGCUGGAAAGCAUAUCCACACGUAUUGUCAAUGGUGCCUACAAGCGUGAGGAUCUGCAGACAGAUGAGUCCAGCAUGGAUGACGGGCAUCCCCGGCGGCAGCUCUGCGGAGGCAACCAGGCUGCCACAGAAAGGAUCAUCCUGUUUGGCCGAGAGUUACAGGCACUGAGUGAGCAGCUGGGCCGUGAGUACGGCAAGAAUUUGGCCCACACGGAGAUGUUGCAGGAUGCCUUUAGCCUUCUAGCGUACUCAGAUCCCUGGAGCUGCCCUGUUGGCCAGCAGCUUGACCCCAUCCAGAGGGAGCCUGUGUGUGCUGCUCUCAACAGCGCCAUUUUAGAGUCUCAGAAUCUGCCAAAGCAGCCUCCUCUGAUGCUCGCCUUGGGCCAGGCAUCUGAAUGUCUACGGCUUAUGGCCCGAGCAGGCCUAGGAUCUUGCUCCUUUGCCAGAGUUGAUGACUACUUGCACUAGCUGACCCUACUGGCUAGCUCUGUCUGGCCCUCCUUCAGCCCUAGGGCUGGAGCAGCACUGCCCUUCAUAGGCACCUGGUACAGAGACCUGGAAGCCAUGGGCAGAGUCCGCUCCUCCUGCCUGGCCGGCCCUUCCUCCCUCCCUCCUUCCUUCAAUCCUCCCUCCCUCCUUCUGUCCUCCCUCCCUCUCCUUUCACAUGCAGUGGCCUGUGGCACAGUAUUGACUGGUUACUCAUGUAGCGCCUUCUCCUUUAAAGGAAAUUUUUUUUGAGGAGAGGUUGGGAUUUUUUCAUCAUCUUUUCCUCCUAACUGAGCCACCAGUGUUUAUCUCGGGAGAGUUUGUGCUGAGCUGGUUUCUGCUAAUUUAGUGAUGAAGCCUAUCCAGGUUGGUGAUAGCUUACUAUUUUCAUAAGUAAAAACAAAAACAAAAACAAAUGAGAUU